AAGUGGUUCGGGUGGAUAAAAUUAAGUUAUUCACUAUUACUUAUUCUUUAUUAUUUUCAUCUCAUUAUUAUUUUGGUGUAAGUAUAUUUUUUAUAUUUGCCAUUCCAAGUUUCUUCCAAGUAAGUAGUCAAACUCAUAGAACUUUCACAAACUGAUUGGUGAUUAUUGACUCCUACCAAGAACAACAGAUAAAGAUUUUAUGAAAUUCGGGAAAUCGUUUCAUUGCAUUUUUUAAGUUUUGAAGACAGUAGCAACUAUAGAGCACACACCAAAAUGGCUCACUACAAGGGUGCUGCCAGCGAAGCUGGUAGGGCUAUGCAUCUGAUGAAAAAACGAGAAAAGGCCCAGCAGGAAAUAGAGUUUAAAAAGAAGAAAAUUGAAGAGGAUUUAAAAAUAUCAAAUAUAGAAAAUAAAUUUGCAGCUCAUUAUGACGCAGUUGAACAACAGCUUAAAAGUUCCACCAUUGGUUUGGUAACAUUAGACGAAAUGAAAGCCAAACAAGAAAACAUAGUGAAAGAGCGAGAACGCAAACUAGCACAAAAACAACUAGAGAAAGAAAGAGAGCAACAAAGACAGCUUGAAGCAAAACAAGCUGAAAAGAAUAGACAGAAAAGACAGAUCCAAGCUUUAUCCUUUGAUUUGGAGGGAGAAGAGGAAGACGAAGAAGAGGAAGAAGAAGUAUCUUUAGCAAAAAAAAUUAAGAAAAACCCUGACGUUGACACUAGUUUCCUCCCAGAUAGAGAACGAGAGGAAGAAGAAAACCGUCUGAGAGAAGAGCUGAGACAGGAGUGGGCAGCAAAACAAUCAACACUAAAAGAGGAAGAAAUUGACAUUACUUUCAGCUAUUGGGAUGGUUCUGGACAUAGGAAGACAGUUCGGAUGAAGAAAGGCAACUCAGUUUACCAGUUCUUGCAGCGCUGUCUAGAACUACUUCGUAAGGAGUUCAGUGAACUCAAGACUGUGACUGCUGAUCAGCUGAUGUACGUCAAGGAAGAUCUUAUCCUCCCUCACCACUACACUUUCUAUGACUUUAUUGUCACUAAGGCAAGAGGGAAGAGCGGACCAUUGUUUACGUUUGACGUUCAUGACGACGUCAGGAUGGUAAGUGACGCAAGUGUGGAGAAAGAGGAAUCACAUGCUGGCAAGGUGUUGUUGCGAAGCUGGUACGAACGAAACAAACAUAUCUUCCCUGCUAGCCGCUGGGAACCUUAUGAUCCUACCAAAACUUACGAUAAAUACACUGUCAAAGAUAAGGGCUCUAAAAAAAUAAAUCAUUAAUACUCAA